GAAGGUAACACUAACAAUAAUAUCCGCUCUGAAGGUGCAGCUCAAGCACUUGAAUUGCAUUGCCACCACUCUCUCUCUCUCUCUCUCUCUCUCUCUCUUCUUAAUUCAUUUCAAUUAACACCGCACGAAGCUCCCAUUCUCAGAUCUGACACUCUCCGAUUCAUUCAACGUCUCUUUCUUUCCUCUGCGACUAUUGCUUAGUAGUUAAUGGCAAAGUCGAGGCAAAAAUUAUCAAACCAGGAUUCUUCAUUGUCACCCACUGCUGCAAGAUCGAGGGAGUGGGAUGGUCCAUCUAGAUGGACGGACUACCUUGGACCGGAAAUGACUUCUCCAUUGUCAUCUAGCAGUUCCAGGAAUAUCUUUCAUGAUGGGCAGUCUCAGGGCACGACGCCAUCCCAAUCGCACAAGGGUAUUAACAUGCAGUGGGUUGUGCAACUCACUGAAGUUGCUGAAGGUCUUAUGGCUAAGAUGUAUAGGUUAAAUCAGCUUUUGGAUUAUCCAGAUCCCAUCAACCAUGUAUUUUCAGAAGGGUUUUGGAAAGCCAGUGUGUUCCCCAAUCAUCCUAGAAUCUGCGUGUUGCUCUCUAAGAAAUUUCCAGAACACUUCAGCAAAUUGCAACUUGAACGUAUAGACAAGAUUGCUUGGGAUUCGAUGCAAGAUCAUGCCGAGCUUCAUUUACAGAGCCUGGAACCAUGGGUGCAGCUGCUUCUUGACUUGAUGGUGUUUCGUGAACAAGCUCUGCGACUUAUAUUGGAUCUAAGUAGUACAGUAAUUACAUUGUUGCCCCAUCAGAAUUCUCUUAUACUACAUGCAUUUAUGGAUCUCUUUUGUUCCUUUGUGCGGGUUAACCUUUUCUCCGAGAAGAUGCCAAGGAAAAUGUUGCUACAGACCUAUAACUUUCUACACGCAAUGUCAAGAAAUGAGCGGGAUUGUGAUUUUUAUCAUCGCUUGGUUCAGUUCAUCGAUUCUUAUGAUCCACCAUUGAAAGGCUUACAGGAAGACCUAAAUUUCGUGAGCCCUCGAAUUGGAGAGGUAUUAGAGGCUGUGGGCCCUAUUAUAUUUCUAUCAACGGACACAAGGAAACUUAGAAAUGAGGGAUUUUUAAGUCCAUAUCAUCCUCGGUAUCCAGACAUACUCACAAAUUCUGCUCAUCCGCUGAGAGCACAAGAUCUGGCAAAUGUAACUGCAUAUCGAGAAUGGGUGUUAUUUGGGUAUCUUGUCUGCCCUGAUGAACUGCGUCGUGUCACUAGCAUCGACAUUGCUUUGGUUGUAUUGAAGGAGAACUUAGUCCUCACAUUAUUCAGAGAUGAGUACAUACUUUUGCAUGAGGAUUACCAGUUGUAUGUUUUGCCUCGAAUAUUAGAAUCUAAGAAGAUGGCAAAAUCUGGACGUACAAAGCAAAAAGAGGCGGAUUUAGAAUAUAAUGUUGCAAAGCAGGUUGAGAAAAUGAUAAGUGAAGUGCAUGAGCAAGCAAUAUUAUCUUGUGAUGUGAUACAUCGUGAAAGGAGAAUUUUACUGAAACAAGAGAUUGGGAGAAUGGUGCUGUUUUUUACUGAUCAACCCAGUCUAUUGGCCCCUAAUAUUCAGAUGGUGUUUUCUGCCUUGGCUUUAGCCCAAUGUGAAGUGAUCUGGUAUUUCCAGCAUGUUGGAAUUGCAUCAUCAAAAUCUAAAACCACUCGAAUGGUACCAGUGGACAUAGAUCCAAAUGACCCAACCAUUGGAUUUUUGUUAGACGGGAUGGACCAUUUAUGUUGCUUGGUGCGCAAAUACAUUGCAGCAAUUCGAGGUUAUUCAUUGUCAUAUCUUUCAUCCUGUGCUGGACGAAUCCGGUUUUUACUGGGUACCCCUGGAAUGGUGGCUCUUGAUAUAGAUGCUGGCUUGAAAGGACUUCUUCAGCUGAUUGUUUACCACCUUGAAAACUUACCAAAACCACAGGGUGAAAAUAUAUCUGCUAUAACUUGCGAUCUGUCGGAUUUUCGAAAGGAUUGGCUAUCAAUUUUAUUGAUAGUCACAUCUUCACGUUCAUCUAUAAACAUUAGGCACUUGGAGAAAGCUACAGUAUCCACUGGCAAAGAGGGAUUAUUGUCAGAAGGGAAUGCCGCUUACAAUUGGUCCAGAUGUGUAGAUGAAUUGGAAUCCCUACUUUCAAAGCAUGGUAGUCUUAGAAAGCUGUACUUUUACCACCAGCACCUCACGGCUGUUUUUAGAAACACCAUGUUUGGUCCAGAAGGGCGUCCUCAGCAUUGCUGUGCAUGGCUUGGGAUUGCAAGUAGUUUUCCAGAGUGUGCAUCUCCAAUUGUUCCGGAAGAGGUUACAAAAAUUGGCAGGGAUGCUGUUCUUUAUGUUGAAUCUCUGAUUGAAUCCAUCAUGGGAGGAUUGGAAGGAUUGAUAAAUAUUCUUGACUCUGAAGGAGGAUUUGGUGCCCUAGAGAAUCAGCUUCUUCCAGAGCAAUCAGCUUCAUAUCUGAAUCAUGCAUCAAGAGUUUCUAUUCCAUCAUAUAAAUCUCCAAAAGGAACUGCUGGUUUUCCUUUACCUGGCCAUGAGAGCUUUCCUGAAAAUAAUAGUUCUAUCAAAAUGUUAGAAGCUGCAAUGCAGAGAUUGACCAAUUUGUGCUCAGUUUUAAAUGAUAUGGAACCUAUAUGUGUUUUAAACCAUGUCUUUGUACUGAGAGAGUACAUGAGAGAAUGUAUUCUUGGCAACUUUAGAAGAAGAUUGCUGGGUGUUCUGAAAACUGAUAAUGAUCUUCAACGGCCAACUGUUUUGGAAUCACUGAUUAAGAGACAUAUUAGCAUUGUGCAUCUUGCAGAGCAGCACAUCAGCAUGGACAUUACUCAGGGUAUUCGUGAAGUUUUGCUUUCAGAAGCCUUUUCAGGACCAGUUUCUUCUCUGCACUUGUUUGAGAAGCCAACAGACCAACAUACAGGAUCGGCCACUGAAUCUGUAUGCAAUUGGUAUAUUGAAAACAUAAUCAAGGACGUUUCAGGUGCUGGGAUUUUGUUUGUUCCAAUUCAUAAAUGCUUCAGGAGUACACGGCCUGUUGGUGGAUAUUUUGCAGAAUCAGUCACUGAUCUUAGGGAAUUGCAGGCUUUUGUACGUAUUUUUGGUGGCUAUGGAGUAGACAGGCUAGACAGAAUGCUAAAAGAACACACAGCUGCACUUUUAAAUUGCAUUGAUACUUCACUACGAUCAAACAGAGAUGUGCUAGAAGCAGUUGCUACCAGUCUGCAUGCUGGUGAUAGAAUUGAAAGAGAAUCUUCUAUGAAGCAAAUACUUGAUCUGGAAACUGUGAUUGGCUUUUGUGUUCAGGCUGGCCUAGCACUGGCUUUUGAUCGGAUACUAGCUGAGGCUUCUGGUGCAAUACUUGAAGAUGGUGCUCCCUUGAUACAUUCAUUGCUAGCUGGGGUGGUUAAGCAUCUUCCUGAUGGAGUUCCAGAAAAGGAAGAGAUCAAGAGAAUGAGAUCAGUGGCAAAUAUUGUAGGUGUGGUAAAUGAUCAUGAUUCAAUUUGGGUAAGAUCAAUUUUAGAGGAAGUUGGUGGUGCAAGUGAUGGGUCAUGGAGCUUGCUACCGUACUUAUUUGCCACAUUCAUGACAUCUAGUAUUUGGUCCACCACGGCAUUUAAUGUUGACACCGAGGGUUUUAGUAACAAUAUACAUUGCUUGGCUAGGUGCAUUUCUGCAGUGAUUGCCGGAAGUGAGUUUGUUAGAUUGGAACGUGAACAUCAGCAUCGACAAUCUUUUACCAAUGGGCAUGCUAGCGAGGCAAUGGAUCCUGAAUUAACAAGUCAUAUGUCAGCUGAAGCAAGUAUCAAGUCUACGCUGCAGUUAUUUGUGAAACUCUCUGCAGAUAUCAUACUGGAUUCUUGGAGUGAAACCCACAGAUCUCAUCUUGUAGCACAGCUUAUCUUUUUAGACCAACUAUGUGAGAUUUCACCGUACCUUCCAAGAAGCUCACUGGAAACCCAUGUUCCAUAUGCCAUUCUCCGUUCAGUGUACAGCCAAUACUAUGCAGAUACUCCAUCCACUCCAUUGGCAAUUCUGAACGCAUCACCCCGUCAUUCACCUGUUGUAUUGCUAGCACAUGCAUCUCCUGUCUUAAGGCAUCCUCGUGGGGACUCACCACAGUAUUUUGGCCAAGAUUCAGGGUACUUCAAAGGAUCAUCGUCACAUAGCCAGGAGCACCUCUAUGAUGCUGAUAUUGGCAGCAUAAGGAGUGGGGACAAUAAGCAAAGGAAUGUUCGUCGCUCUGGGCCUUUGGAUUACAGUGCUAGCCGUAAUAGGGUAAAAACUGUUGAAGGCUCAACUUCAGGGAGUACUGGGCCCAGUCCUCUUCCUAGGUUUGCAGUGUCUAGAUCUGGUCCAAUAGCGUACAAGUAGUAAGUUUGAUAUAUCCAACAAGAGCUGGUAAAUUAUUCACCUUCUGCUAGUGAUCAGUUGUCCAUAAGCAUAAAUCAUCCAGCAGGUUCGCAGCAAUUUUAGCAAAGUGUAAAUCAUACUAAAGCGUCCUUUUGUAGUCGCCAGGAUAGUUUAAAAUCAAUGCCAUAUAAACUCCCUGCUGUUUUAGUGAGGUUUUCGUUUUAUUUAAUGCUCAUACCGCCAAAUCUUGAAGUCUGUCGGCAGAGUGACAUUCUGGAUCUUAUUAAGCAAUCAGUAAUGAUAUUUGCACAU